AUGGGUAAUUCACCGGCUAGUAGAGUAAUGCAAUUGAAACCUUUCAAGCAUUGUGGAGUUGACUACCCUGGACCAAUACGAGUUACUAUGGCUAAACGACGUAAUCCCGUCAUUUUGAAGGCCUAUAUAUGUCUGUUCGUAUGCAUGUCUACAAAAGCAGUACAUAUUGAACUCGUCUCUGAUUUGUCUACUCCAGCAUUCUUGGCUGCUUUUCAACGUUUUCUGUCUCGACAUGGGCCUUGUAGAGUAAUCUGCUCAGAUUGUGGAACCAAUUUUGUUGGCGCUCACGAGCAAUUAGUUCAGCUUUCGAAAUUUGUUAACUCUUCUACGUUCCAAACCAGUCUUAUAGGUGAUUUGUCCGAUUAUAGAAUCGACUGGAAAUUUAUGCCACCAGGAGCGCCCCAUUUUGGUGGCAUCUGGGAAGCGAACAUAAAGGCAACAAAAUCACAUCUAUUUCGUGUGAUUGGUACUCAAUUGUUAACGUACGAAGAGAUGAAUGCCGUUUUAGUUCAGGUCGAAGCUGUACUGAACUCGAGACCACUGUGCCCUAUGAGUGAAGAUCCCAGUGAACCACUUGCAUUAACACCAGCACAUUUUCUCAAACUUACCCCAUUGAAAGCUUUUCCAAUGGAAGAUGUUGUUGAUUCUCCUGUCAAUUGUCUUACUCGCUUUCAGCUGGUAAAUCAACUAGUGCAAUCCUAUUGGCGCAGGUGGCGAGUAGAAUAUCUUCAUGAGCUUCAGAAACGAGGAAAAUGGUGGAAAUCGUCUACUCCACUUGAAGUAGGCACUGUUGUAAUUGUGGAUCAGCCGAACCUCCCUCCACUGCAGUGGCCACUAGGUAUUGUGGAACAAGUUUUUCCAGGGAUGGACGGCCAAGUGAGAGUGGCUCUGGUGCAUUUGAAGAAUGGGUGUCUUAAACAACCAGUCACUAAACUUUUCCCACUACCCACUCAAUAG